AUGUCCUCUGAUGACUUUUCUCCCCUCACAGACAACCCUCGCACACUUUUUCAUACAAAAAUGGUUAAAGAUAAGAUUCACGUUAACGUCGUCGUCAUCGGACACGUCGACUCUGGAAAAUCGACCACCACUGGUCAUCUCAUCUACAAGUGCGGUGGCAUUGACAAGCGAACAAUCGAAAAGUUCGAGAAGGAAGCCGCUGAACUUGGAAAGGGUUCAUUCAAGUAUGCUUGGGUGCUCGACAAGCUCAAGGCUGAGCGUGAGCGUGGUAUCACAAUCGAUAUCGCCCUCUGGAAGUUCGAGACCCCCAAGUACAUG